CUUUUGGACAUUUAGCUGCUAAUUAAAUUAUAACCAUAAUAUUAAAUAAUUGGCAGGAUUUACUUCCUAGUUGUUAUGUAAAAGUUUUAUUGUGAUUACAUUGUGUAAUUCCUUAAGAGUACGUGGAACAAAGGAAUUUUUGGUGAACUGGCAAAGGAGAGUUCACACAAUAAAUACAAACAACUGUUCAUCGUUAUUGGUAUUUUUAAUAAUUCUCAAUUCGCCAUGUCUUGGGUACCAACCACCGACUUUGAAGAGGAAAUCGUUGAUUUGCAACCAGAUCAUAAUUUUAUUUUUGGUCAGUUAUGCGAUAAUAAACCACAAGCGUUUUAUCCCCGUCCAAAAGCGCAUUUGGAUUUCAUAGCGCAACAAAAGAAUGAGAAAACUAAACGUGAAAAAAAUUUUACAAAUUCUCAGAACCAUAAAUUAAAUCUAAUUGCACAAGUGCAACGUAUUGCAGGCACCAAACCACUAGGUGAGCAGCCAACCAUUGACGAUUGGAACGACAAUGAGCAUUUGGAGCGAGAAACUAUCGCUAUGAUGCGACAUGUUGGAUUGGGUCCAAAAUUAGAACAGCCAUUAGAUGAGGCUCGCACAAUAGCCACGUAUCCCAUAACCGAUAAGGUAAGAAUAAAUCGAAAUGGCCGUAAGGAAAUGCCGAUAUUUUUCGAUGAGAAAUUCUUCACUUUGAAACCCCGCAUUUCAAGUUCGCCGCCGUCAUCUGGUAACAAUAGUCCAAUAUUUGAAGGUCAAAUAUCACCUGAUCAAUCGAGCGUAUCAUACGCAAGCAGUAGUGCCGCUACAUCGAGUGACCAUUUUGUGGGUCAAUCUUCUGCUUCACCUAAUAGUGGUUUUGAGAGUGCAAUAGAUUCGGUUGGGGAUGAAGACACUUUUAAGACUGCACAAAGUAGCGGUAAUGAAAGUAGUACGCGAAAUUGGCGGAGGAAUAAGAGCCGUAAUGAUACAAAGACUUGGCGUAGCGUUGACAGCACAAUAAAAUCGCAAUCAUGGAGGCAAAGCAAUACAAAAUCGCAGAACAGAAAUGGUGUUAGUAACGAAAUUCAAAAUAAUAAUUGUAAUUGGCGUGCUACGAAAAGUAUGGACCGUAAAGUUGGAACUCUUCCUACUCGUAAAAAGGAAUCGCAGUUAUGCACUCCAAAAGAGUUAUAUGAGAAGAAGCGAACAAUGAACUGAAAAUAUAACUCACAACAGCCGCAUCUACACACAUACAUACCUUUUUAUAUUAAAAUUGAUAAUAAGGCCCUCGGCAAACAUAUCCUAACUAUUAAGUGGCAUGUUUAAUGUUGUUACAACAAAAUUACGAGUUUACUUAGAGAAAGCCCGUCUCAAAAUGUUUAGUAAUAGUUAAAUAUUUAUAGAUAUUGAAAGUACUGAGGGAGAGAGUUAAAGCUUACUAUUUGUUAGUUAUGCAUGUUGGGCAAACAGAGUUUCAUUAAUUCAAAAAAUUGCAACAUGUUUUUAUCCAAAAAAUAAUAUUAUUCAUUUGCUUCGCCAGCAAAAAUUAACCAUUAACAUACAGAAACCAAAUCGAAUAUAUAUUUCAGGGAAUCGCCCUCACAAACCAAAAUAAGUAAAAGUAGCAAUCAGUGUUGCCUCGACUUUAGCCUUCCAAGAAUCGGAUAAAUAGUUCUGAAAUGUGAUCAAAUUUUUCCUCCCAAAAAAGCUUAUAAUUUAUCACCCCUAUGCUGUAAUCCGUCGUAGAUUCGAUUUUGCUACGAAUCGUAAAAUUGGUAUGCUUAAA